CACGUGAUCAGCUGUGUCCAAUGACACACUGAUCACAGGGAAAUGCAAUUGCCGGUUCUUGGCUGCACUUUCCUCACGCUUUGUUAGAGCAGGGAUCGGCACCGAUCAUCAGAGCACUGAUGAUCAGGGCCCUAAUGAUCGGUGCCCAGCAGUGCCACCCACCAGUUCCACCCACUUGUGCCCAGCAGUGCACCCACCUAUGCCCAGCAGUGCAACCACCUGUGCCCACUAGUGCCACACACCAUGCUGCCUAUCAGUGCCCAUCAGUGCGGCCUAUCAGUGCCCAUCAG